CGAGAAUCCAAAAGCAAUCAGUCAUCAUCUACUUACUCGGCGAUUACAUCGGAUUCCGGUGAUCGGAGAUCACUCAUCGCCAUCUUUUUUUUUUUUUCCCUUGAUCCACUACAGAAAGUCACGGCCUUUUUCUGCCGUAGAGGAAUUUAUAUGAGAGCAUGGGGAAGACGAUUCGAGUGUUUGGUUUCCCGGGUGGUGUUAGCGGAGAGGAAGUUAAGAACUUUCUUGAAAGGGAAACUGGCUCAGGAACUGUUUACGCAAUCAAAGUUAGGCAGCCGAAGAAAGGUGGUCCAAGAGUCUAUGCUAUUGUUCAGUUCACUAAUGAGAGACAUGCGAGAUGGAUCAUCACGCGUGCUGAAGAAGGUCUCUAUUACGGGAGAUCUUAUCUCAAGGCUUCUGAAGUGGAGCAAGACAUUGUCCCCAAACCCAGAGCUUCAUUGCACAAAAUCUCUGAUUUGAAGAUAUACUUUGGGUGUCAGGUCACACCCAAGAAGCUUUCAGUUCUCUGGAGUGCUCAAAAUGUGUGUGUCUCGUUUGGAACCGGGAUGCGGAAACUUCAUUUCUCCAUAUCUUGGUACGAGAAAGAUUAUAGAUUGGAGCUUCCGUACGAAAACAUAUGGCGGAUCGAUUUGUAUUCUCCGCAAGGACGAGCUUCAAAGUUUCUUGUGAUUCAGGUGAUUGGUGCUCCUAAAAUCUUUGAGAAAGAGGAUCAACCUGUGAAUCUUUUGUUUGGGAUGCUGGAUUUCUUCAGUGAUGGGUCUGAUGAGCAAUGGAUAAGAACUACAGAUUUCACUUCUUCUUCUUGUAUUGGUCAAUCAUCUUCCUUUUGUUUAGAGCUUCCCCGUCAGCUAAAUGUUCCUGAUUUCAGAGAGAAUUUCGCCAACUACGCAGAGCACGAAGCCGGCACUUUUCUCAUUGAAUCCGGGUCUAGCUAUUCAUCAGAUGCAACCAACCUCGUCCCUGUUGUUGACCCUCCUCCAGGGUUUGAUUUGCCUUUCGAGAUUUUGUUCAAAGUUAAUGCCUUGGUGCAGAGCGCGUGUAUCCCCGGGCCAGUUCUUGAUCUCGACUUCUAUCAGCUGCUUGAUCCACAAAAACAUGAGAGAGCUCUCAUUGAUCACUCUCUUGAAAAACUCUUUUAUUUAAAGGAAUGUUGCUAUGAGCCUGCUCGUUGGCUCCGCGAAGGGUACAAAGAGUGGACCACGAAAGAAAAGCUUCCAGAGUCUCCUAUGAUAUCUCUAGACGAUGGACUUGUUUAUAUGCAUCGCGUCCAAGUUACACCGACAAGAAUCUACUUCCAAGGACCAGAGGUCAAUGUUUCCAAUCGUGUGCUUCGACAUUAUUCCAACUAUAUUAACAAUUUCCUACGGAUUUCAUUUGUUGAUGAAGAUCUUGAAAAGAUUCGUUCCAUGGAUCUGUCUCCACGUUCUACUACUCAGCGAAGAACUAAGCUAUACGACCGGAUUUACUCUGUUCUUCGAGAUGGAAUUGUCAUCGGUGAUAAGAAGUUUGAGUUUCUCGCCUUUUCUUCUAGCCAGUUGCGAGAGAACUCUGCUUGGAUGUUUGCACCAAUAGACGGGCUUUCAGCAGAAAUUAUCCGAGCUUGGAUGGGUGAUUUCGAGCAUAUAAGAAAUGUAGCGAAAUACGCUGCUAGGCUCGGCCAAUCGUUUAGCUCGUCUAGAGAGACACUUAAUGUUAGAACCGAUGAGAUUGAAGUGAUUCCAGAUGUUGAAAUCACAUAUUUAGGGACACGCUAUGUGUUUUCCGAUGGUAUAGGAAAAAUCUCAAGUGAAUUUGCUAGACGGGUGGCUAAGAAAUGUGGCCUCACAGAGUUUACUCCGUCCGCUUUUCAAAUCAGGUAUGGUGGGUAUAAAGGAGUGGUGGCUGUGGAUCGAAACUCAUACAAGAAACUGUCUUUGAGGAAGAGUAUGAGCAAAUUUGAGUCUAAAAACACGAAGCUCGAUGUUUUGGCGUGGAGCAAGUACCAGCCUUGUUACCUGAACAGACAACUAAUUACACUUUUGUCUACUCUCGGAGUUAAAGACUAUGUCUUUGAGAAGAAACAGCGGGAAGUUGUGGAUAAGCUUGACGCAAUCUUAACUGAUCCUCUGGAGGCUCAUGAGGCUCUUGGUUUAAUGGCUCCAGGGGAGAACACGAAAAUUCUCAAGGAAUUAAUCUUGUGUGGUUAUAAACCCGACGCCGAGCCUUUCCUCUCGAUGAUGCUUCAGAAUUUCAGGGCAUCUAAGUUGUUGGAGCUACGGACAAAAUCACGGAUUUUCAUUCAUGGUGGAAGAUCUAUGAUGGGAUGCCUAGAUGAGACCAGAACACUGGAAUACGGUCAGGUGGUCGUGCAGUUUUCACAUCCCACGAGGCCGGGAUGUCAAUACAUCACAGGACCUGUUGUUGUUGCGAAAAACCCGUGUCUCCAUCCUGGGGACGUUCGUGUUCUUCAAGCUGUCUAUGUCUCAGCUUUGAGUCACAUGGUGGACUGUGUUAUUUUCCCUCAAAAGGGCUUGAGGCCGCACCCAAAUGAGUGUUCUGGGAGUGAUUUAGAUGGAGAUAUUUACUUUGUAUGUUGGGAUCCUGAAUUGAUUCCGCCAGAAACGUCUGAACCAAUGGACUACACUCCUGAACCAGCUCAAAUCUUGGAUCACGAUGUCACUAUUGAGGAAAUUGAAGAGUAUUUCACAAACUACAUUGUCAAUGAUAGUUUAGGAAUCAUCGCAAAUGCUCAUACUGCUUUUGCGGAUAAAGAACCAUUGAAGGCAUUCAGUGAUCCAUGCAUUGAGCUUGCUCGAAAGUUCUCAAUCGCAGUGGAUUUCCCGAAAACCGGUGUUGCAGCCGAGAUACCUCAGCAUCUCUACGUGAAAGAGUAUCCAGAUUUCAUGGAGAAACCGGAUAAACCGACAUAUGAGUCGAAGAACGUGAUCGGUAAACUUUUCAGAGAAGUAAAAGAGCGAGCUCCACCGUUGAUCUCCAUCAAAUCAUUUACACUUGAUGUGGCCUCGAAGACUUAUGAUCAAGACAUGGAAGUUUACGGAUUUGAGGAAUAUAUUGAUGAAGCUUUUUACCACAAGGGAAACUAUGAUUACAAAUUAGGUAAUUUGAUGGAUUACUAUGGGAUUAAGACCGAGGCUGAGGUACUUAGUGGUGGUAUCAUGAGGAUGUCCAAGUCCUUCACCAAGAGACGCGACGGGGAAUCGAUUGGAAGAGCUGUUCGGUCGCUGAGGAAAGAAGCUUUGUCGUGGUUCAAUGCAGCUGAAAAAGAAGAGGACUUUGAUGUAUCAGCAAAGGCAUCAGCUUGGUAUCAUGUGACGUACCACCCAAGUUACUGGGGAGUUUAUAAUGAGGGUUUGAAUCGUGACCAUUUCUUGAGCUUUGCGUGGUGCGUUUAUGAUAAGCUUGUGAGGAUCAAGAAGGCGAAUGUUGGGAGGCGUCAGCGGCAGGUGACGCUUGACCGGUUAGGCUCGGUUCUGCGUUUACGUUGAUUGGUAGCCAGAUUUUUUAUGAGUUUUUUCUCUUUCGUUGUGUUCUAUGUAUAAAAAUGUUUAGUUUGGAGUACGAAAUCAGAAUAUUCUUCUA